CCAGGCGCCGUUCCAGCAGGCGGGCUACUCGGCCGGAGCGCCUUUGUUUUUGGGCGCGGAUCCAGCGUACAUCGUCAGCUGCACGAGCGCUAUUCGCUGCCCCGAACUUCCCAUUGGCAGCUGUCCAGCGGGGAAUUGGGGCAUUGGAUGUGUGAAUUGCGUGGCCAACCAUUACGACGAUGAUGGCAUUUGCAGAUCCUGUUCCGAGUCGGCCUUCUCGGUGUGGCCAUUGAUUGCGGCCAUUCUGUUGGGCAUCAUCGCACUGGGCGUGCUCUACAAAUUUGCCGUCACCGUGGAUCGCUCCAGUCGUGACUCGGUGGCGACCAUCAUCUUGGGCGCCAUCUUCGUGCUGCUCAUCCAGCUUGGGGUACCAAACUUCAGCACCGUGCGCGUGGAAUGGGUGGAACCUCUGAAGACCCUGCGCUCCGUUUUCUCCUUUAUGACCUUCAAUGUGGAGGUUGUGAGGCCUGGCUGCUGGAUGAGUGGUCGCAGCCCCUUGAUGAGCUAUUUGGGUUCCCUGGCCUGUUAUCCCUGUGCUGCGCUGCUGAUUCUAUGCCUGCUGGCGAUUGCCAAGUACUUCCAGGUGGUGGUCACCUGGAACGAAGCCAUCAAUGCCAUUGGCGCCAUGCUCCUGGCCUUCUACACGGCCUUGACGUCCUUAACGCUUCGACCCUUCAGAUGCGUGGGGAACCCGGACGGUACUGCAUCCAUGGUCUACUAUCGGAACAUCAUUUGUUGGAAAGACGAUCUUCACUGGGCCAUGGUCGGCAUCUCCAUGAUUCCCUUCUUUGGUGCCGUGGUCUCUUUCUAUGCUUUGACCAUUUGGGCGGUUCUGAACUAUGCGCGCAAAGUGGCUAGCUCUGGUGGCGUGAAGUAUGUGAAGCGAUUUAGUUUUUUGUUUGGGCGCUUCAAUCCACAGCAUUUCUAUUUCGUGCUGAUUCUGAACACACGGAAUCUUCUGAUCGCCGUUACGCCUGUGUUGCUGCAAAUGUACAACGAGUUGCUCUUCACUUUCUUCAUCUUUACUUUGACCCUCUAUGCCCUUCUUCAGGCUCAUAUUUGCCCCUGGAGGACCCAGUUGUCAAACCUUUUGGACGCAGUCAUAUCCUGUUUUCUGGUGGCCGCCUGCGCGAUCGGCAUCACCCUGCUGGACUUUGAUGUGAAACGACAAACCAUCACCAUCCAGAUCAUGUCGAUGCUUUCGUGUCUCUGUGUCCUCAUGCUCUUUUUGUCCUUGCUGUGCUACUCCGCCUAUCGCGCCUAUCGGCCCACACGCAGCUACGGCAUCUUCCUCAGUCAUCACAAGCUGGGUGCUGCGGUCCUGGCAAGGUGGUUCAAAAUGAUGCUGAACGAGCGCAUUACUGACCGGAUCUUUUUGGACUCCGAUGAUGUGAGCAAACUGGAUGCCAUUCUCGAUGUGACCUCUUGGGAUACAGAGAACGUGGUGGUCCUCAUGACCUCAGAGACCAUGAAGCGCAUGUGGUGCGCCGCCGAAGUGGCCUCCGCCUGGGAUUCGGGCACCAACCUGGUCCUGGUGAGCUGCGAUGGCAAUCGCAUUACCCAGGGACUCAUCGAGGCGGUCCCCGAGUUGUGGUCCGAGCAACAGAAGGCGACCCUGUUUAGCACCGGCGUUCACAUUGACAUGAUCGUGGACGCCUAUAAAGAUCUUCUUUUUGCACCCGUCAUCUCACUGCUGCGCAACGGUGCUCGAAGUGAUGCCCACCACGAGGCCGUGAAGGAGGUCAUCAGUCAAUGCCGAGGGUGCUAUGGCCUGGGUGGCUCGUGGAAAGUGCAAAGCAUUGGGAACGAAAAAAAGUUCCACACCUGCGGUGGUCCCAGGUACACGGAUCCCCUGGACGAAGACACAGGGGCGCCUCAGAGAUCCUCCUCGGGCAAGAAGGGCAAAGGGUCACCUAUGCCUGAUGAGGAGUUGGAGCCGCCCUUCACUGGCCACGAAUUCCUGGAUGGUGUCAUCGGCGAGGACGGUGCGGCCGUGCUCGGAGGCAACGACGACUGGCUGCUGCCGGUCCAUUUGCUGCCGGCCAUUUAUUGGCUCAGGCUAGAGGAUGUGACCAAGCUGGAGGGCAGCAUUUGGGAAGCUUUGCAGCCUUUGGAGAUUCCCUUCAAAGUGGAGGGCUGAGGGUUUGAGUCCAAGAAAUGGACCGCUGGAAGGAGCGCUGAAGAUUUUGGAAAGCCACUUGGAAAAGUCGUUUUGUUUUCC